AUGCCUACUGGAACCGAAGUAAGAACUUUCCUUCAAAGUCUUGAUGUGGAUCAGAAGAACGCCGUCUCAGCAGAGGAUCUCCUCCGAGUCCUGGAGAAUAACGUUAAAGGUGCCACUCUGGAGGAUAUGCGGAUCUUCAUAAAAUCGAUAACGGGGAAAUCGGAUGCCCUGCUCACAGAAAAGGAUUUGUUCAUGUUCCUUGAAGAGAUGGGAUUCUAG